GCAAUGGUAAAUAUCAUUUCUUGAAACUCUGGGGCAUGCGCAGAAGAAAAAAAAAUGAAAUAAAGAGAUUCAAGAAAUGUACAAGGAGAUGGAAAGGAAGGACCUGCAGCUGGGGGCAAACGAGAGCGUCCUCUGAACUGUCGGGCUAAAUUCUGUCUGGACACUCUUUGUCUCAAUGUCCUAUGGUUCCGUGCUGCUCAGGAAAACCAGGAAAGGGCUUAGAGGCUUUCAAGGCAUGGCCAGACACUCCAUCUUGUAUUUUAUCCUCCUGAGUGCUCUGAUUGACAAGUGCCAACCCUGUUUCUGUGAUCAUUACCCGUGGGGUCAGUGGUCCAGCUGCUCAAAGAGCUGCAAUUCUGGAACCCAGAGCAGACAGAGAAAAAUAGUAGUUGAUCAGUACUAUCUGGAUAACUUUUGUGACCAGCUUUGCACCAAGCCAGAGACCAGAGAAUGUAACUGGCAACGUUGUCCCAUCAACUGCCUCCUGGGAGAUUAUGGACCGUGGUCAGACUGUGACCCUUGUGUUGAAAAACAGUUUAAGGUUAGAUCCAUCUUGCGGCCCAGUCAGUUUGGAGGACAACCGUGUACUGAGCCCCUGGUGACCUAUCGACCAUGCAUUCCAUCUAAGCUCUGCAAAAUAGAAGAGGUUGACUGCAAGAAUAAGUUCCGCUGUGACAGUGGCCGCUGCAUUUCCAGCAAGUUAGAAUGCAACGGAGAAAACGACUGUGGGGACAAUUCGGAUGAAAGGAACUGCGGAAGAACGAAAGCCGUGUGCCCGGGAAAGAAGCAGCACAUUCCCAUCCCCAGCGUACAGCUGAUGGGCGCUGGGUAUCAUUUUCUAGCAGGAGAGCCCAGAGGAGAAAUCCUUGAUAACUCUUUCACUGGAGGAAUAUGUAAAACUGUCAAAAGCAGUAGAGCAAGUAAUCCAUACCGUGUUCCAGCCAAUUUGGAAAAUGUCAACUUUGAGGUAAAAACUGAAGAAGAUGAUUUGGAAACAGAUUUCUACAAGGACUUAAUUCCUCUUACAAAGAAAGAAAAUCAACAAGCUUUAUUUUCAAGGGAAGAGCGUGACAGUUUUCAUAUACCAAUUUUUUAUUCCUCAAAGAAAACUCAAAGCACCACCCAUAACUCUGCCUUCAAACAAGCCAUUGAAGCCUCCCACAGAAAGGAUUCUAGUUUUACUAGGGUCCAUAAAGUGAUAAAAGUCUUAAACUUCACCAUGAAGACUGAAGAUCUGCAGCUUUCUGAUGUCUUUUUGAAAGCACUUAACCACCUGCCUCUAGAAUACAACUUUGCUUUGUAUAGCCGGAUAUUUGAUGACUUUGGGACUCACUAUUUCACCUCUGGCUCCCUGGGUGGUGUGUAUGACCUCCUCUACCAGUUUAGCCUGGAGGAACUCAGGAACUCAGGUUUAACGGAGGAAGAAAUCCGAAACUGUGUGAGGAUUGAAACAAAGAAACGCCGUUUCGGUUUUAAGAAAACAAAGGUGGAACACCGAUGCACCACUAACAAGAUGUCAGAGAAAUACGAAGGGUCAGUUUUGCAGGGAGCAGAGAAAUCCAUAUCUCUGACUCGAGGCGGGAGGAGUAAGUAUGCUGCUGCCUUGGCGUGGGAGAAGGGGAACUCUGGUCCUGCGGAGAAGGAAUUUUCUGAGUGGUUAGAAUCAGUGAAGGAAAAUCCUGCUGUGAUUGACUUUGAGCUCGCUCCCAUCACGGACUUGGUGAGAAACAUCCCCUGCGCGGUGACAAGACGGAGCAACCUCAAGAAAGCUUUUCGAGAAUACGCGGCCAAGUUUGACCCUUGCCGGUGCGCUCCAUGCCCUAAUAAUGGCCGCCCCACGCUGUCGGGGACCGAGUGCCUGUGCGUGUGCCAGAGUGGCACCUACGGAGACAACUGUGAGAGACGCUCCCCGGACUACAAAUCUAAUGCUGUGGAUGGGAGCUGGAGCUGCUGGUCUUCCUGGAGCACGUGUGAUGCUACUUAUAAGAGAUCCAGAACCCGGGAAUGCAACAACCCUGCCCCCCAACAAGGUGGGAAACCCUGUGAGGGGGAGAAGCGGCAAGAGGAGCACUGCACAUUUUCAAUCAUGGAGAACAAUGGACAACCAUGUGUCAGUGAUGAUGAAGAAGUGAAAGAAAUAGACCUGCCCGAGACAGAAUCAGAUUCAGGGUGUCCUCGGCCAGUUCCUCCGGAAAAUGGAUUUAUCCGGAAUGAAAAGAAACUGUACUCUAUUGGGGAGGAAGUGGAAAUUUCCUGCUUUACUGGAUUCACAGCUAUUGGAUACCAGUACUUCAGAUGUCUACCAGACAGGACCUGGAGGCGAGGAGACGUGGAAUGCCAACAUACACAGUGCCUCAAGCCAGUUGUGCAGGAAAUUCUGACGAUCUCACCGUUUCAGAGAUUAUAUGAAAUUGGUGAAUCCAUUGAGCUCACCUGCCCCAGAGGCUUUGCUGUUGCUGGGCCAUCGAGGUACACAUGCAGUGAGGAUUCCUGGACACCGCCCAUUUCGGACUCACUCACCUGUGAAGAAGAUGUUUUGACAAAAUUAAAGGGCCGUUGUCAACCAGGACAAAAACAGUUGGGAUCUGAAUGCAUUUGCAUGUCUCCAGAAGAAGACUGUAGCCAUUAUUCAGAAGAUCUCUGUGUGUUUGAUACAGACACUAGCCAUUACUUUACUUCAUCUGCUUGUAAGUUUUUGGCCGAGAAAUGUUUAAAUAAUCAGCACCUCGAUUUUCUACAUAUUGGUUCCUGCCAAGAUGGUCCACAGCUAGAAUGGGGUCUUGAAAGGAGAAAACUUUCAUCCAAUAGCACAAAGAAAGAAUCUUGUGGCUAUGACACCUGCUACGACUGGGAAAAAUGCUCAGCCUCCAUUUCCAAAUGCGUCUGCCUGUUGCCUCCCCAGUGCUUCAAGGGUGGAAGCCAACUCUACUGUGUCAAAAUGGGAUCAUCAACGAGUGAGAAAACAGUGAGCAUCUGUGAAGUAGGAGCUAUACGAUGUGCCAACAGGAAAGUGGAAAUACUGUAUCCUGGGAGGUGUUCAGCCUAAAGCGACUACUGAUAAACAGAGUUACUGUCCAGAAAUAAUUCCUACAAAAGGCAUCCCCCUACAAACAGAAGACUGGUGUGCCCAGAGGUUAGACAUCAAUUCUUUUGUGUUACUUUCAUAUAGUUAUUCACGCUGCCUCUCCUGUCUUAGCCUCUCCUAUCCAGUUCCAGCCCAUGAUGCUCUGUAGUGAACACCCAGGUAAUCACUUUCACAUCAAUCCGGUACAUUCUUCUGUUCCCAUUGCACUAAGAUGAUGGGAAUUCUGAGGACCUUAUGAAGCCUAUAGUAUAAGCAUUCUCACAAAUAGAAUUGAGAACAAAAACCAUAAUUGUCUUCAAUUAAUCAAUAAACAGAAACCUAUAAAAACUUGUAAAACA